AUGUCUCCAUCUAUUUAUGUUACUUCAAUUCUUCUUCCUCUUCUUUUUCUCUUCUCUCUCCAACCUAUUUCAUGUGCACCAUCAAGUUCAAUCCAUGAUACCUUCCUUCAAUGCCUCUCCAAAAACUUAGACCCAUCGGACAAAAACUCAACCAUUAUCUACGGUCCCACCGACCCUUCAUUCCCAACUGUCCUCCAAGCCCGCAUCAGAAACCGCCGCUACAACCUCUCCACCACCCCCAAACCCUCCCUCAUUGUCACCCCUCUCCGCGAAACCCAUGUCGGUGCCGCAGUGCUUUGCGCCAAAUCCAUCGGAAUCCAGCUCAAAAUCCGAAGCGGAGGCCACGACUACGAUGGCAUCUCCUACGUCUCCGACAACCCAUUUGUCAUCCUCGACAUGUUCAAUCUCCGGUCAAUCGACAUUGACAUCAAACAGGAGACCGCUUGGGUCCAAGCCGGUGCCAUCUUCGGCGAACUCUACUACAGAAUUUGGGAAAAGAGCAAAACACAUGGUUUCCCGGCCAGCGUUUGCCCCACGGUCGGCAUUGGUGGCCAUAUUAGCGGAGGUGGUUACGGUAAUAUGCUCCGUAAAUACGGAUUGUCGGUCGAUAAUGUGGUCGAUGCACGUAUAGUAGAUGUCCGUGGCCGAAUUUUAGACCGUAAGGCCAUGGGCGAGGACCUCUUUUGGGCGAUAAGAGGUGGUGGCGGUGCUAGUUUUGGGGUCGUGUUGGCCUACCAAGUUAGACUAGUUAAAGUGCCCGAAACUGUGACCGUUUUUCGAGUGGACAAGACAUUGGAAGAAAAUGCCACGGACGUGGUACACAGGUGGCAAUUCGUGGCCGAUAAGAUAGAUAAUGAUCUUUUCCUCAGGCUGCUCCUUCAGCCAGUGGAUGCCAAGACAAAGGAUGCCAAGACAAAGGCUCAAAAGACAAUAAAGGCAUCAUUUAUAUCAAUGUUUCUUGGAAAUGUCGAUAGACUGAUGCCAGUCAUGACUAAAGAAUUUCCAGAGUUGGGUUUGAAGAAAACUGACUGCAUGGAAAUGAGUUGGAUUCAAUCGGUCAUGUACUGGGCGGAUUUCGGUAACGAGACUAAGCUGGACGCUCUGCUCAACCAAAAUCCUCCCAAGGCGGCGAAUUUUUUUAAGAGAAAAUCGGAUUAUGUUAAAAACCCGAUUUCUAAAGAGGGAUUGGAGUCGAUUUGGAAGAAAAUGAUAGAGUUAGGACAAGUAGGAUUUGUUUUCAACCCAUAUGGUGGAAGGAUGAGUGAAAUUCCUGAGGAAGAAACUCCUUUCCCACAUCGAGCUGGGAAUAUAUGCAAAAUUCAAUAUUCGGCCAACUGGAUGGAAGAAGGAGUGGAGGCGGACAAUACUCAUAUGAGCCAAAUUCGGCAGCUGUACGAUUUCAUGACACCUUUUGUGUCCAACUCUCCUAGAGAGGCAUUUCUCAACUACAGAGACCUUGACAUCGGUGUCAAUCACAAUGGCAAUAAUAGUUACAAUGAAGGUAGGGUUUUUGGGGUUAAGUAUUUUAAGAAAAAUUUCGAUAGAUUGGUGAAAGUGAAGACUUUGGUUGAUCCGGAGAACUUCUUUAGGAAUCAACAAAGCAUUCCACCUCAAGGAAAAUAAAUAUCAGUGCAUAUAUAAUCUAUGAUGAUGCUUAGUAAUAUUCUGUGAUAAU